UUCUCCACAAAAACCUCCAGCGCCACCCUUCAUCGCUUCAAGGAAGCUCCAAAAUUCUACAACUCCCCCACGUGCGACACCAUCCACCACCACCCGAACCACAUGUGCGCCACCAACGCGGUCCAUGUGGCAAUGACCCUCGACGUGGCGUAUCUCCGCGGCUCCAUGGCGGUGAUCCUCUCAGUGCUCCAACACUCUUCGUGCCCGGAAAACAUAAUCUUCCAUUUCGUCACCGCAAAGUCGAAACCUUCUUCAUCCUUUACACUCAACCGCACAUUAACAACCUCAUUUCCCUACCUGAAUUUCCAAAUCUACCCCUUCGACGACGACGCCGUUUUGGGCCUCAUCUCAACUUCAAUUCGCUCCGCUUUGGAUUGCCCUCUCAACUACGCCCGAAGCUACCUCGCCAACCUUCUCCCUCAUUGCGUCACCAAAGUCGUUUACCUCGACUCCGACUUGGUCCUCGUCGACGACAUUGCCAAGCUCGCCACUACGCCGCUCGCCUCCGACACCGUCCUCGCAGCACCGGAGUACUGCUCCGCCAACUUCUCAGCCUACUUUACGCCGUCGUUUUGGGCCAAUCCCUCGCUGUCCCUCACCUUCGCGAAUCGUAGGCCAUGUUACUUUAACACCGGGGUCAUGGUCAUUGAUCUCCGGCGCUGGCGCGCUGGAGACUAUACGACCUUGAUACGGGAGUGGAUGGAGCUUCAGAAGAGGAUGCGGAUCUACGAGCUCGGGUCGUUGCCGCCGUUUUUAUUAGUUUUUGCGGGGAAAAUUGCGCCGGUGGAUCACCGAUGGAACCAGCACGGGCUCGGCGGCGAUAAUUUUCGGGGGCUUUGCCGGGAUUUGCAUCCGGGCCCGGUGAGCCUACUGCAUUGGAGUGGAAAAGGGAAGCCGUGGGCCAGGCUCGACGCUAACAGGCCUUGCCCUUUGGAUGCGUUAUGGGCUCCCUAUGAUCUGGUGGAGACUCCUUUCGCUCUUGAGGCGUAG